AUGCCUACAGAGAGCCUGACUACAGAUACUGAAACGCCUGCAGAAAGUCAGCCUGUUAACAUUGAAGUGCCCACUGCAGAGAGCCUGACCACAGAAACUGAAAAACCCGCAGAAAGUCAGCCUGUUAACAUUGAAAUGCCUACUGCAGAGAGCCUGACCACAGAAACUGAAAAACCCGCAGAAAGUCAGCCUGUUAACAUUGAAAUGCCUACUGCAGAGAGCCUGACCACAGAAACUGAAAAACCCGCAGAAAGUCAGCCUGUUAACAUUGAAAUGCCUACUGCAGAGAGCCUGACCACAGAAACUGAAAAACCCGCAGAAAGUCAACCAGUUAACAUUGAAAUGCCUUCAGACAGUCAGCCUUUUGACACUGAAAUGCCUUCAGAGAGCUUGCCCGCGGAGACUGAAGCGCCCGCAGAAAGUCAGCCUGUUAACAUGGAAAUGCCUACAGAGAGCCUGACCGCAGAUACUGAAACGCCCGCAGAAAGUCAGCCUGUUAACAUUGAAAUGCCUACAGAGAGCCUGACCGCGGAUACUGAAUCACCUACAGAAGGCCUGCCCGCCGAUAUUGAACUGUCUGUAGAGAAUGUGCCUGACGAAAUCCUUAGUAAGACUCAGCCUGUUGACAGCAAAAUUUAUGAAAAUCAGUCGGAUGUUAACUCGUCAAUUUCACAUUCGAGGUUACCUUUUCCUGAUGUAUCUAAGAAGUUUUAUUUUCGAGAAGGCAGGCGCUGGGCAAGGAACGAAACGCGUAACAAAGUGCGUGACGCUACACCCAUGAAAAGCAGCAAGAAUGGAUUAAACGUUAUUAGGAGAGGGAGUGUGUCUGGUUCCCUUCCUGAAAAUAUUGCGCACUUGAGGAAGGAAUUAAAACGUGAGAAAGACGGACACAAACGAGCCGUUAAAUACGGAGUGAUAAAGGUAGCCGUUAAGCUCAAGGCAUCAAUUGUAUUGUCCACGCGGGAAGCAGCUCUGUUGUACACUUCUGAAAAAAAUAGGAUUCUGAACAUCCAAGACACUGAGUCAAGCUACAGGGCUAGUGAUACUUAUAAGAUUCUCUCCAAUUACUUGAAUGUAGCCCAACUUUACGUUUUCGGUGUUGCUUAUUUGUUUGAGGCACAAGGUAGAGACUUAAACCAGAUAAGCCAGGCUAUCUUCUCCUUGAUGUCUCGAUUCCAGGACAGAACGAGCAACGAGAAAGCCUUACUGGCACUUGCCCCUUCUUAUCGUAUUGUUCAGCAACUGCUUACAAGUAAACGCGAUCGGGAUACACUUGACGUCCUCCUUUCUAAAAUCACCAGCAAAGGAACAGUCUUAAAACUCCGAGGUACAAAGUUCAAGAGUUCUCUUACAACGCAAGCGGCGAAAUUAAAUGAAGACAUUGUACAGUAUAAAAACAUAGCAAGAGAGGCAUUGACAGUUAGGAAUGACAUGACCAACCAGCAGCAACAAAAGUUCUACCGUUUGUUACUUAGGCGAUUAAAAACGAAGCAAUUAAAAUCGCGUAUCUCGCAAGGCAGAGGUCGAAAAUUAAAAUGCGAAGAGUUUCCCGAGUUACCUGCACUUCUUGAGUUUGCAUUUGGAGACGGGGAUAGGCUUCAAAGAAGUGAAGGAGGACUAGAAGCUCAUUCAAAACUGUACAACGAGACAAUGUACAAGGCAAGUGAUAAUACGACUGUCAUGAGAGAAGCACUGGAUCUCGUACGUUGCCUUGCGCCAGAAGAUUUUAAGAUUAGUUUGUCUUGCCUAUACACUUACACCAUGAAUUAUAAGCAAGGAACGGCGCAAGCCAAGAGACAUCACCACGGGACUAACGUUAAUGCUAAAAUAUCUCUACACACUGCACCCUCAACAGGCGAAAUUAAGAAACCGGUAAAUGCACACUGGACGACUUCGUAUGUUAACUUUCUGUGUGACGUUGCACAUCAGAACUCAGACAGUUACCUCCUUGAUUCCAAAGACGCAAAAUGUAUUGUUGUCGGCGACAUUCCUCCUGUGUUAAAACCAGGUCGGCUAUGGAAAAGAGAGGUAUAUCCAGAUCACACAUUCGAUCAGUCCAGAAAUAAUGCUGUGACACCAGUUUCACAUCUUUUUGUUGAGACCAAGAUAACAGCACCUCCACCUCUGUCCGAAGGAUGCUUUAGCGUCCCCGAUACUUCUGCAUCGAUCCUUGUUACCCGCACUGGGAAAGCAAUGACAAUUGUUAAUUUAUCUUUUUACGAACCAGAAACAGUUCUUCGAGUAUUCAAUGAUAUUUUCUUGCUAAUGAGUCACAGCGAAUUGACAGAAUUCUUUAAAAAUCCUAAAACUGGUCAGUUAAAAGAAGUGUUUGCUUUUGUUGUUGACAAUGGUCCAUCGGAGGCACCAGCCAAUCUGCAAGUACAGAUGCUGUUGGUUCGGCUUCUGAAGUUUCUCAAUCUUGACAAAGCUACACAAAGAUCUUUUGCUGAGUACUUAAGUAAAAGAAAUUUUGUGGAGAGGGUGCAUGCCGUGGAAAAUACUUCUUUUUCCAGACAUGGAGUGUUCAGGGCACAUAAAAUCCACAAGCAUGCGGAUACUGGUUCACCUCAGCACAAGGAAAAUAUGGAGGCAAUGGCCGAAGACGUUGUCAAUAGUCUGAAAGGUUCGACUUUUGGCGGCAAACCGAUUUAUCCUCUGAGAGGAUCAGGAGACUCUUUGGUGUUUGAUGACGAAAAUCGGUUGAAAGAAUUCGUUCAACUGACCGACCAAAGAAAGGGCCAAUGUCGAGAAGGUUAUUCUCCGAAUAAGAAUAACGUCUUUCGCUAUUUGGUGAAGAACUGGGGUGUCGACGAAGAGUUUAGGGGCAGCUAUGUGGACGAUUAUGAUACCCUUACGAACGUACAGACCGCCACUAGAGACCACUACUCUGUUUCAGUUUUUCGCAAAGACGAGAAAUGGCGAGGAAAACCUAUGGAGAGAUUUGAAAGGAGGCCUUUACCAGACCUUGUUACAUGGGAAGAAAGUGGAAAAUUUCAUUAUUUACCUUUCGAAUUGCGUGCAAACUUACUGCAAGGGCCUUGGGACGAGCUCCCUGAACUGUUCUUGCCAUCAAGGGUGCUUGAUUUAGCGUUCAGAGUUUUUCGGAAACCGGAACCUGCUCUGCUAAAACAGGUAGCCUUUCUUGCCUGGGUUUCUGACCAAGAGGCGGAUAACUACUUCAAGGAAAGUGAGCGAUUAGUUCAAGAAACUCUAAAUGAUGAUGUAGUUAAGGAGAAGUGGGUUCACCACAAAUUAUUCACUUCCAAUACUAAGCAAGAGCUUGAGGCCAUGUGCGUUGCUAAAGGGAUAAGCUCUGUCGGAAAGAAGCAUGAGUUGGUUGCAAAAUUGGCGGAAGAAAAAGAUGCAGAUCGC